AUGCGAAAAUUGCUCGAUUUAAUCCCCGACAAGUACCUACAAUUGGUAGCUUCGAUUGAGCAAUAUUCAGAUAUUGACUCCAUGCCGUUCGACGAGGCUGUCGGUAGAUUGAAGGCAUAUGAAGAUAGAUUACGAUUCCGAAGUGGUAAUGGAAGUGCUGAAACCAGCCUGCUGCUUACCAGAAUUGAAAAUCAGCAAGUUUACAAAGCUGCAAGAGGAUCGUCGGGAGGACGAGGACAUGGUUUGAAAGAUAGAGGAGGUCGUGGAGGCCGUGGAAGAGCUGGUCGAGGGAAACCCAAUUGGCAACGAGAUGUUUGUAACAACAAUUACAAGCCAAGAGAUAAGAAACACAUUAAGUGUUUCAAUUGUGAAAACUACGGUCAUUAUGCAUCCGAAUGCAAAGUGCCAAAGGAGAAAGGGGACAAAGCAAAUUUGGUUGAAAUGCAAGAGGAAGAACCAGCUUUGUUGCUUAGCAUCUAUGGAGAGAAAAAAAAGACGUUGGUUCUAUUGAAUGAGAAAAGUGUAUGUCCUAGUACAUUUGAAGGGACUUGCGAGGCUAGAGAAGAUGUUUGGUACCUUGAUAAUGGCGUGAGCAAUCAUAUGACUGGAACACGAAGAUUCUUUGCGGAGUUGGAUGAAAAAUUCACUGGCAAGGUUCGUCUUGGGUACAAUUCUAAGGUUCAGAUCGCAGGCAAAGGGUCAAUCUUGAUGAAGUGCAAAAAUAGAGAACAACAACUCAUCUCGGAGGUAUAUUUUAUCCCGGCUUUACAUAGUAAUAUAAACGAUUACUUAAUGAUACAUGAUGAUGUUGGUCGUUUAAAUAUGAGGGUGGAACGAUCGAGAAAUGGAUUGUAUAAGAUUGCACUUGAGACUACUCAACCCAUUCACCUAACGGCAAAUCUUGAUAACAAAGCAUGGAUGUGGCAUGCUCGGUUGGGUCACGCGAAUUUUAGUACAAUCUAG